GCCAAGGAGAAGCCUCCUCGUCAAGCUUCGAAUCCCUCCCUCCCACCUCCUCCUCCCCCUCCCCCCCACCACGCGCUCUCUCCCCCUCUCCUCCUCUCCAACGCCAAAACCCCCCAGGGGGGCGAAUUCCCCACGCGCCAGCCUGCAAUCCGAUCGGAUCCUCGGGCCCUCGCGCGGCGGGGAUUCGAUGGAGAGGUACGAGCUGCUCAAGGACAUCGGCUCCGGCAACUUCGGGGUGGCGCGGCUCAUGCGGAACAAGGAGACCAAGGAGCUCGUCGCCAUGAAGUACAUCCCCAGGGGCCUCAAGAUUGACGAGAAUGUGGCGAGGGAGAUCAUAAACCACCGCUCGCUGCGGCACCCCAACAUCAUCCGGUUCAAGGAGGUCGUGCUCACGCCCACGCACCUGGCCAUCGUCAUGGAGUACGCCGCCGGCGGCGAGCUCUUCGACCGGAUCUGCAGCGCCGGCAGGUUCAGCGAGGAUGAGGCGAGGUAUUUCUUCCAGCAGCUCAUAUGCGGUGUCAGCUACUGCCACUUCAUGCAAAUUUGCCACCGGGACUUGAAGCUGGAGAACACGCUGCUGGAUGGCAGCCCGGCGCCGCGCCUGAAGAUCUGCGACUUUGGCUACUCCAAGUCUUCACUGCUGCACUCAAAGCCCAAGUCGACGGUCGGAACUCCGGCGUACAUUGCUCCGGAGGUGCUGUCUCGCCGGGAAUAUGACGGCAAGAUGGCAGACGUUUGGUCUUGUGGAGUGACUCUUUACGUGAUGCUGGUCGGUGCAUACCCUUUUGAGGACCCCGAUGAUCCCAAGAAUUUCAGAAAGACGAUUGGGAGAAUAGUGUCAAUUCAAUACCAAAUACCAGAGUAUGUCCACAUAUCCCAAGAUUGCAGACAGCUCCUCUCUAGGAUCUUCGUUGCGAAUCCUGCAAAGAGAAUUACGAUUAGGGAGAUUAGGAAUCACCCCUGGUUCCUGAAGAACUUGCCCAGAGAGCUUACAGAAGCUGUGCAAGCAAAGUACUACAAGAAGGACAACAGUGCCCCCACCUUCUCUGAUCAAACUGUCGAAGAUAUCAUGAAGAUUGUUGAGGAGGCCCGCACACCACCCCAAUCGUCUACUCCGGUGGCUGGUUUUGGUUGGGCAGAGGAAGACGAGCAAGAAGAUGGCAAGAAGCCUGAUGAUGAAGACCAGGAUGGGGAGGAGGAAGAAUAUGACGGCGAGGAUGAGUACGACAAGCAGGUGAAGCAAGUACACGCCAGCGGGGAUUUCCGACAUCUGAUAAAAUGAAGCUUCUAGCAAUGCCAAGUUCUCAGCUGAUGUAUUUGUUGUAGUUUGUGGUGUUGAGAUGCUGCACCCUCGGUGUUUACUUGUAGUUUCCUUCUGUCUCGAUCCUCCCCUUUUGUCCCGGUAUUGUGUUAUAAUUCUGUAAAUUAUCAAACUGGCUUCCUCAAUGCCUAUGUAAUUGCAACGAACUGUUGAGUGAUUAAGCUAGAAGGUGAAAUAUAAUUUCUAUGGAAUAAACUUCUGCAUUGUAGAA